GAGAGAGACAGACAGAGACAGAGACAGAGACAGAGACAGAGACAGAGAGACAGAGACAGAGACAGAGACAGAGACAGAGACAGAGACAGAGACAGAGACAGAGACAGAGACAGAGACAGAGACAGAGACAGAGACAGAGACAGAGACAGCUGAUAGAAAUCUUGACAAUCUAGAUCUCGUUCUUUUACAAACAGCUGCCACAGACCUGGAGUUGGGUCUGGAUGGGUAGGCCCGCCUCGCCCCGCCCUCACGUUCUAUCGGACCAAUCCAAGAACCGAACCCAGCCCGAGCCUGGCCAGCUGGACUGCAGGCCCUCUUCGGAGUUCUCCCCAGAGCGCCGCCCUGUGUCAAACCAAAACGUCCAAGUCCUGCGGGCGGGCGGGCUUGUGCUUAUGUGGCGCAGUGGACCGAGUUGGAGCUAAGGCAUCCAGCCACCCCCGCGGGCGGAGCCCACGGCUCUCUGCUGGGUGGGCGCGACUCCGCUGAAGCCAAUCGUAGCUGGUCUGGGACACCAGGCAACUUGGACUCGCCUGCAGCGGGUCCCUCCGACAGGACUGGGGGGCGGUAAGCUGGAGACACCCAGGCUUAGUAACAACUCGCAUGUAUUUGUGUAGCGCUACCAGAACUGCAGAGCGCUCCUGGGAGGUAGGUGCUCAUCCACCCCUAUUUUACAGACGAGGAAACUGAGGCAGGCAGCGAGCUACAGUGGCGGAAGGACCAGAAGGGAGCUCCCUCCCCCGAGACUGGAGAGGUUGACUGGCCUGCCCCAAGGGGGACCUCAGAUCCCGGUCUCACCUUGGCCCUCUCAUCACCUUCACUUUCUUCUGGACUUUAAUUCCUUCCUUUCCAAUAAACUGGAUGACCUCUCAGGUCCCUUCUGGUCCUGGCGUCCUGCAGGCUUUCCUAAAUAGUCAGAAAGCUACAGAGGAGGAAACCAGAGCUCAGGGGUCUCAGGCUGGAAAGAUCCUUCAGACACCCCCCAACCACCCAUUUCACAGAUGAAAAGAAAGUACACAUCCAGGAAGGAUUCCAACAAGGAGGCAAAGCCAGGUCUCUGGACUCCGGGGUCCACUAGUGAAAAGUAAAGUGUUCUCUUCUGAGUGAGAAGGGGCAGCCGCCUUUGGUGAGCCCUGAAGUCCAUUCCCUGACCCAGCCUCAAAGUAAGACCCCUGAGUUAGGAGAGAAACUUCCCACUGUCCCUGGCUCCCACUGAACCCAGAAUGGAGGUAGUUGGGGAUGGGAGGACUGAAUGCCCCAAAUCUUCCCUUUAAGAACCAACUGGAAUGCCAUCUUUGGGGCUUGCCCAGUUGAGAAUGCCCUUUGCUCUUUUGGCCAUGCUGAGCUCCUUCUGGCUGCCCUGGUAUCGUGCAUGAUGAGUUUCAGGGAUGUCUGUCUGUCUCUAGUUCUCUGUCUACCUCCCACUACUCCAUGGGGCUGGAGAAGAUGGUUUUUGACUCUUUUCCCCUUGAAUGAUCCAGGGUCCCUUAGGAGCAGGCGUGGGAGCUCUAGCUGUAAGGAAACAGCCCAGAAGGACCAGAACGAAACCGCGGAGGACCAGAGCCUCUCGGCCGCCAUGCCAGGCCCAGAGCAUCAGCCGUCCCAGGCGCUCACCAAGCCCGCCUUCAGUGAGCCCCAGGCCUGCGCGUUGGUGGAGUCCAUGUUUGGGUUAAAGGUGGCCAAGAUUCAGCCUCUCCCCAGCUACGACGACCAGAACUUUCACGUGCACGUCCCCAGGGCCCCCUCAGCGACCGGCGGCCUCAGCGAGUACGUUCUCAAAGUGAACAACUCCGAGUCCAGCAAGAAUGCGGACCUGGUGGAGGUGCAGAGCUGCGCCAUGAUGUUUCUGAAGGCAGAAGGAUUCCCGACGGCCACCGUCCAUCCUACGAAAGGAGGCAACCUGGCCUCUCUGAUGUCCAUAGACAGCGGCUCGAACACCCAGAGUUACCUGGUGAGGCUGUUCACCUACCUGCCGGGAAGACCAAUAGCCCAGGUUCCCGUCACCACGAAGCUCUUGUACGAGGUGGGAAAGCUGGCGGCCCAAAUGGACAGAACUCUCGAGAAAUUCCACCAUCCUAAGAUAAGUAGCCUCCAGCGGGGGGACUUCAUCUGGAACCUGAGAAAUGUUCCUCUUCUAGAAAAAUAUUCCUCUGCGUUGGGCCAGACUCCAAACCGGGAGAUGGUAGACCAGGUGCUCAAGCGGUUCAAGGAUGAGAUAGUGCCAAAGUUAAGCUCUUUUCGAGAAUGCAUCAACCACGGGGACCUGAACGGCUACAACCUCUUGGUGGAGCCCAGCAGCGAAGCCUCGGGAGACGCAGAGUACCGCGUGUCUGGAGUCCUGGACUUCGAGGACAUGAGCCGAGGCUGCUACGUGUUCGAGCUGGCCAUCGCCAUCAUGUACAUGAUGAUAGAGAGCGAGGGCAACCUCGCCGCGGGGGGCCACGUGCUGGCCGGCUUCGAGAGCGUGGUCCCCCUGACGGCGGAGGAGAGGAGCGCCCUCUUCCUGCUGGUGAGCGGCCGGUUUGCUCAGUCGCUCGUGAUGUCGGCCUAUACGUGCCAGCUGUACCCCGAGAACAAAGACUACCUCACGAUCACCGCCAAGACGGGCUGGAAGCACCUGCAGAAGCUGCUGGAUGCGGGUCAGAAGGCCGUGGAAGAGAUCUGGUUCGAGACCAGCAAAUCCUACACCCAGCCGUGACGCCAGCCGCGUCCCCGUGACUGUGGGGGGGUGGGGCAGGGGGAGGAGCACCUGGAGCUGCGCAUGCUCAGCAGCUCCCGUGUCUGCUACUCCGUGGUUAUAAAAUAGGGUGUGUGACCUCAUGAACUUGUAAGCCCAGAAUGAACCGAAAUGAUCCACUUUUCCAUUAAUAUGAAUGUCACCGAGCACGCAUCGUCCGUCCACGUCAUCAAAUGCUUGGGCCUAAAAUGAGAAAGCGCGGCACGAGGAGGAAGGAGCCGCUCUGGGCUAAAAUGGGGGAGACGCCACCAUGUCUGUGCCAGGCGGUGUGUGCAGAAGCUUCCCGCUCUGAGAUCUGUCACCGUCUAGGAAAGAAACUCUGGCGUCGUCGCCAUUAAAAACACAACCCUGGAAGGACCAGGGAAGAGGCGGCCCAGAGUCCAGGGUCUGAGCGUGAGACCAAGCCUGGAUCCAAAAAGAAGAUGGAGGACGUGCUCGGUGACUAGGAACCUGUGAAGGGAAGCGAGGACAUCCUGCCGGGGAUAACGGAGCGGAAGUCAUCACCACCAGAAGGUCAGCAAGCAUGGCCACGAGAGAAGCAACUCUCACGGCCAGCCUGCCGCCGGCAGAGGUCCGAGGGAGGUUAAGCCCCGACAGCUGCCGAUUCAGCCCUGUGGCUAUUCUGCCCACUGAGGCGUCCCGGCCCGCCCCUCCUAGCAUCCUGCCUUUUUGGAGCCUUGUGGCCAAAAUAGUCAGUUACCUGCAUUCUGUUGACGAAUGUGUCUGUGCCCAGCAAGCUGCCUCUCAGGUGACCAACAGCCUCAGAGCCUGCCUGGCUCUUUAGCUCCCCUUUGAGACAGUCAUCCCUCUGCCCCCAUCAGGCACUGGAAGGGCCAAGGGCAGGCUGGCUCGUGCUCCUAUAAUACUUUAUGGCUUACAAGGCAUUUUCUCCAAACCAAGGCAGGAAGUGGGGGGUGUUGUCCCCUUUUUACAGAUGAGAACACAGACCCUCUCUAAUUGAAGCGUCUUCCCUCUAGUCAUAGAGCCAAAUGUGGCAGUGCUGAUGCCAAACCCAGGACUUUUUUUUAACCCUGACCUUCCAUCUUAGAAGCAAUACUACAUUUUGGUUGCAAGAAGAGCAGUAAGGGCUAGGCAAUGGGGGUUAAGUGACACAAGGGUCCAGAUUUGAACCCAGGACCUCCCCUCUCUUAGACCUGGUUCUCUAUCCACUAAGCCACCUGGCUGCCCUCCAAACCCACCGUUUUCCCCAUUACACUGCUGGUAUCUUUCUAUAAGGAAAAUCACAUUUGCAUGUUUGCUUUUCUAUGGUUGUGUUUUUGUUUUUGUUUUUUUGCAAGUGAGCUCUGGCUCCUAGAUCCGUUUUGCCUUGUGGAACUGGAAUCCAGUCCUCAUAAGCAUCCUCAUCUGAUAGUCCCCACAUGGACGACUGCAAACAUUUUUUAAUUGGUUUGCCUCUCAUCUGUCCUAAAUCCUAAAGGCAGCUUUGUCUCCUUAAAAUACUACUUUGAUCAGAUAGCUCCCUUUUUCAAAAAUCUUCUUUGGCUCCCUAUUGCCAUUCCAAGCCUUUCAGAGUCAAACUCUUGACAUUCCACUCACAGUUCGCAUUUCUCUCUUCAAAAACUCCCAUAUAAACAACCUUAUCAAUUUAUUCUUCAAAAGACACUUCAUUGAUGAAGGCUCUCCCUCUGCUGACACUGACCACAACACCUCCAAGACUUAAUAGACGGGAUGUUGUACAUUUUUGUGGCUGAAAAAAACCCUCAACAAGUGACCAGACUGUGGGCAGGGGUGUGUCGGAGACUGCUCAAACCAGCUAGUCAGCUGACUGGCACAUGGUUAGUGGGAGCAUUUAUGCCUGUGAAAGCUACAAACGCUACAGGUCGUGACUUGACUAUUUCACUGAUUACCUAGAUUCAAGAUAGGGAUGGAGAAAAUGGUAAUAAUGCGGAUGAAACUUCCAAAUGCUUUGGGCCCAUUACUUUUCCCCUGGAGAGCCAGUUAAUUACUCAGCAGCAAAUUGCUGAGCUGCUCUGGACUGGCCUCCCUGAUUCCUACAGGAAGCCUUCCCUACCCCCUCUUAACUCUGGUGCCUUCUCUCUGUUAUUUCCCAUUGAUCCUGUAUAGAGUUUGUACACUUUUUUGGCCUGUUGUCUCCCCAAUUAGAUUGCAAGUUUCCUGAGGGCAGGCUCUGGCUUGGCUUGUAUCCCCAUCACUCGGCACAGUGCCUUGCUCCCACCUUGAGUUAGGACCUCCCAGGCUUUGUGCUUGGAUUGCUGACAGAGCCUUUCAGGACCCAGAGUUCCAUUCAUCGAUUCCACAAAGAAGCAUCUAGAUGGGAUGUUAGCAGAGCCUGAAGCAUGCCUGACACAGUGCCACAUCCAUGCCUCUCCCCCUCCAUCUAGACCCCAGCACUCUCCAGAAUCCAGCUGGUAUCCUCCCACCCCUCACUGUGAAGCCUUCCUGCCCGCCCUCGCUCGGGGGCUUGGACUUGUCCACCCUCUGGACCAGAGUGAUCGAAUCUACACUGUGAUUGCCCUUUGCCCCCUCAGUUACUUUUGCUGUCUACCCAGCUGUCUGGACAGCUCCCUGAGGACAGGGACUGGUUUCAAUAAAUGAUUCUAUUUUUAAAGCA